AUGUCUCUAGCGGAGUCGUCAUGGAAGCGGCUAGUAAACGCUGCGUUACAAAGGGAUAGAGCAGGAGGAGGAGCUGGUGGUGGUACUGGUCAGGGCAGCCUUAUGGAUUAUGUUCCUUCAUCUCUACCGAACAACAGGGACAUAGAUGCUAUUUUGAGAGCUGCUGAUGAACUCCAAAAUGAAGACCCCAGCAUUGCUAGGAUCUUAUGUGAGCAUGCUUACUCGCUAGCACAAAAUCUUGACCCUAAGAGUGAAGGCAGAGGUGUUUUACAAUUUAAAACCGGAUUGAUGUCUGUUGUUAAGCAAAAGUUAGCAAAAAGAGAGGUUGGGACCAUAGACAGAACUCAAGAUAGUAAACGACUGCAAGAUUUCUACAGGCUGUACAGAGAAAAGAACAACGUUGACACUUUAAAGGAGGAGGAGAUGCAGCUCCGUGAGUCAGGGGUUCUCACUGGCGAGCUGGAGCGGAAAACAGUAAAAAGGAAAAGAUUGUUUGCCACCCUUAAAAUUCUUGGAAAUGUGUUGGAGAAGGUUGCAAAAGAGAUCCCUGAUGAGCUGAAGCAUGUUAUUGAUUCUGAUGCUGCAAUUAGCGAGGACACAAUUGCUUACAACAUUAUUCCUCUUGAGGCUCAUGUCACCACAAAUGCCAUUACGGGUUUCCCUGAGGUGAAAGCGGCAGUUGCAGCGUUGAAGUAUUUUCGAGGCCUGCCAAAAUUGCCGGAUAAUUUUCCCAUUCCUGCGACAAGGAAUGCUGAUAUGCUUGAUUUUCUCCAAUAUAUAUUUGGGUUUCAGAAAGACAGUGUUUCCAAUCAGCGUGAACAUAUAGUUCUUCUUCUUGCUAAUGAGCAAUCCCGCCUUAAUAUUCCUGAAGAAAUGGAACCUAAACUGGAUGACGGUGCAGUGCAUAAGGUGUUUCUGAAGUCCCUAGACAACUACAUUAAGUGGUGUGAUUACCUAUGCAUUAAACCUGCAUGGAGCAACUUAGAGAGAAUCAGUGGAGAAAAGAAACUACUAGUCCUCUCUUUGUAUUUCCUGAUUUGGGGUGAAGCUGCUAACAUACGGUUUCUUCCAGAAUGUUUGUGCUACAUAUUCCACCACAUGGUAGUAGAAAUGAAUGAGAUCUUACGCCAGCAAGUUUCUCGCCCUGCUGUGAGUUGUAUGCCAGUCGAUAGUCAUGGCGGUUCUGACGUUGGUGUAUCAUUUCUUGAUCAUGUCAUUGCUCCACUGUAUGAAAUUGUAUCAGCGGAAGCUUUUCACAAUGAGAAUGGCCGAGCACCUCAUUCAGAGUGGAGAAACUAUGACGACUUUAAUGAGUAUUUUUGGAAUUUGCUUCAAGAAGAUACCAAACCAAUUUAUAAUUCAGUCAUGUUCAAGGUUUAUGGGCUUGUCAUAGCCAUCUAUGGCGGUAUUCAGUUAUUUUUUAGCAUCCUGAUGCAUAUCCCAAGUUGUCGCAACAUUGCUAGUAAAUGUGAUCGGUGGGCUGUGAUUCGAUUCGUUGAGGGGAUGCGACAGGAGAGACACUAUGUUGGCCGUGACAUGUAUGAAAGGAUGUCUGAUUUUAUAAAGUAUUUUCUGUUUUGGCUUGUCGUUCUGUCUGCAAAGUUCUCCUUUGCGUAUUUUCUUCAGAUUGCGCCACUCGUUGGUCCAACAAGGAUGAUAAUGAAACAGGAUAAUAUCCAAUACUCCUGGCAUGAGUUUGUGUCAAUAAAAAACUAUAAUGCUCUGACUGUUGCCAGUUUAUGGACUCCUGUGGUCGCUAUUUACCUGUUAGACAUCCAUAUAUUCUACACCAUUGCCUCUGCUUUUUUCGGUUUCUUGCUCGGUGCGAGAGAUCGUUUGGGAGAGAUAAGAUCUUUGGAAGCAAUUCACAAACAAUUUGAGGAGUUUCCAGGGGCUUUUAUAAAGGCUCUUCAUGUUCCUGUUACCAACCGGACGUUUGAUGCUUCUCAUCAGAAGGCUGUGGAUAAGAAUAUAGUAGAUGCAGCACACUUUGCUCCAUUUUGGAACCAAAUAAUAAAAUUUCUACGAGAGGAAGACUACAUCACUGAUCUUGAGAUGGAAAUGCUCCUGAUGCCCAAGAAUUCUGGUAGGCUCCAACUGGUUCAAUGGCCACUUUUUCUUCUUUCCAGCAAGAUAUUGUUGGCCAAAGAGAUUGCCGCUGAGAGUAAUUCACAAGAGGAGAUUGUGGAGAGGAUUGGAAAGAUUGAAUAUAUGAAGUAUGCUGUUGAGGAAGUCUAUCACACUCUUAAACUUGUCCUAACAGAAACUCUGGAAGCUGAGGGGAGGAUGUGGUUGGAAAGAAUCUACGAAGACAUCGAUACCAGCAUAAAGAAUAGAAAGAUACAUAAUGAUUUUCAGCUGAACAAACUCUCCCUUGUUAUUACGAGAGUGACUGCACUCUUGGGAAUCCUGAAAGAAAAUGAAACACCUGAGCAUGCAAAAGGAGCUAUCAAAGCACUUCAGGAUCUAUACGAUGUUAUACGGCUUGACGUAUUAAAUUUUAAUAUGAGGGGUCAGUAUGAAAUGUGGAACAACUUAACUCAAGCCUGGAACGAAGGUCGGCUUUUUACAGAGUUGAAAUGGCCUAAAGAUCCAGAGCUGAAAGCUCUCGUCAGAAGAUUGUACUCUCUGUUUACUAUCAAAGAUUCUGCGGCGCAUGUUCCUAGAAACCUUGAGGCCAGACGUAGACUGCAAUUCUUCACCAAUUCCCUUUUCAUGGAUGUGCCACCACCAAAUGUUUUCAGUGUCUUCACUCCAUAUUAUUCUGAGGUUGUGCUAUACAGCAUGGCUGAACUCACUAAGAGAAAUGAGGACGGGAUAUCAAUAUUGUUUUACCUUCAGAAAAUAUAUCCAGAUGAGUGGAAAAAUUUUCUUGCACGAAUAGGACAAGAUGAAAAUGCGUUAGAAGACGAUCUACAUAAUGAGAGAGACAUACUUGAACUUCGAUUUUGGGCUUCUUACCGUGGACAAACGUUAGCUAGAACAGUUCGGGGGAUGAUGUAUUAUAGGAAAGCUCUCAUGCUUCAGUCUUAUUUGGAAAGAAAAGCUGGCAGAGACGGUGGGGAGUCCACUCUUUUUGGUAAUAACAUGACGGAUGCUGAAGGAUUUGAGUUAUCUCCUGAAGCAAGGGCCCAAGCAGAUCUUAAGUUUACAUAUGUUGUCACAUGCCAAAUAUAUGGAAGACAGAAGGAAGAUAAAAAACCUGAAGCUGUUGACAUUGCAUUGCUAAUGCAAAGAAAUGAAGCCCUUCGAAUCGCUUAUAUCGAUGUUGUUGAUAUCCCCAAAGAGGGUAUAUCUCAUACAGAGUAUUAUUCAAAGCUUGUGAAGGCCGACAUCAAUGGAAAGGAUAAGGAAAUUUAUUCCAUAAGGUUGCCUGGGGACCCGAAACUUGGAGAAGGCAAACCUGAGAAUCAAAACCAUGCCAUUGUGUUUACUCGUGGAAAUGCACUUCAAACCAUUGAUAUGAAUCAGGAUAAUUACUUUGAAGAAGCUUUGAAGAUGAGAAAUCUUUUGGAGGAAUUUGAUCCGAACAGGGACCAUGGAAUUCGACCACCCACCAUUCUUGGAGUCAGAGAACAUGUAUUUACUGGAAGUGUCUCCUCCUUGGCCUCUUUCAUGUCCAAUCAAGAAACUAGCUUUGUAACUCUUGGUCAAAGAGUAUUGGCGAAACCCCUCAAGAUCCGCAUGCAUUAUGGUCAUCCAGAUGUCUUUGACAGAGUUUUCCAUAUUACUCGUGGUGGUAUCAGCAAGGCCUCUCGGGUCAUCAACAUUAGUGAAGAUAUUUUUGCUGGUUUUAACUCAACUCUACGUCAAGGAAAUAUUACUCACCAUGAGUAUAUUCAGGUGGGCAAAGGGAGAGAUGUGGGGCUCAAUCAAAUAGCUCUGUUUGAAGGGAAGGUUGCUAGUGGAAAUGGUGAACAAGUUCUUAGUCGGGAUGUAUACAGACUUGGCCAGCUACUUGAUUUCUUCAGAAUGUUGUCAUUCUACUUCACAACUGUUGGCUUCUAUUUCUCUACAAUGUUGACGGUUCUUACUUUGUAUAUAUUCUUAUAUGGGAGGGCAUACCUGGCACUUUCUGGAGUUGGAGCUACUCUUCGCGAAAGAGCUAUUAGUCUGGACGACACUGCACUUAGCGCCGCCCUCAAUGCUCAGUUUCUGUUUCAGAUUGGUGUCUUCACUGCUGUGCCAAUGAUUUUGGGCUUUAUUUUGGAACAGGGUUUUCUCAAGGCCAUUGUCAGUUUCACAACGAUGCAGUUUCAGCUAUGUACUGUCUUCUUCACAUUUUCACUUGGCACAAGAACCCAUUAUUUUGGACGGACAAUUCUUCAUGGUGGUGCUAGGUACCAAGCCACUGGAAGAGGGUUUGUCGUCAAGCAUAUCACAUUUUCUGAGAACUACCGUCUUUACUCCAGAAGUCAUUUUGUCAAAGGGCUGGAAGUUAUUCUCUUACUGGUUGUCUACCUUGCGUAUGGAAAUGAUAAGGCUGGUGCUGUUUCCUACAUUCUUCUGACUGUUAGCAGCUGGUUUUUGGCUGGUUCUUGGCUUUUUGCUCCUUUCCUGUUCAACCCUGCUGGAUUUGAGUGGCAAAAAGUCGUGGUGGACUUCACAGAAUGGACAAAUUGGCUCUUUUACAGAGGUGGAAUCGGUGUGAAAGGAUCUGAAAGCUGGGAAGCUUGGUGGGAAGAAGAACUGUCUCACAUUCGGACCUUGAGCGGGAGGAUAAUGGAGACUAUAUUAAGUCUACGCUUCUUUGUCUUUCAGUAUGGUAUUGUCUACAAACUGAAACUACAAGGGUCAGAUACAUCAUUUUCGGUACAGCGUUUCUCUUUGUCUAAACUUCAACUUUACCACAGUUUCCUAGUUUUUGUUCGUAUGAUAAUAUAGUACCUAUACAUGUGCAGAACUAUGGUUGGUCAUGGGCUGCAUUAGCAAUCAUUAUUUUUCUUUUCAAGGUCGGUUUAUUCCACGUCCAUUUCAUGCUGAAAAUAUUGCAUCACAUGACUCUGAUGUAUAUCUCUCCAUUGGAAUAGGUCUUUACCUUCAGUCGUAAGAUUUCUGUUAAUUUCCAGCUUGUGCUGAGACUUGCACAAGGCAUUGCCUUCUUGGUGGCUUUAGCUGUCGUAACCGUAGGGGUUGUACUCACAGACUUGUCAGUGACAGACAUAUUCGCUAGUGUAUUAGCCCUUAUACCAACUGGAUGGGGAAUCCUCUCUGUAAGUUUCACUACCUGCAGUAUCUAAUCACUUGCAU